UAUAAUAAUGCAUCUAUAGGGUAUGAAUAUCUGAUCAUAUAUGUAUUAUUGAAGCUAAGUUCCAACAUUCAAAUGAUCAUAGAGAGAGACUAUACACAUAUCGUGUGCUGAUUUAGAAAGCUAGCUCGCCGGAGAGACAUGGACGGAACAUCUUCGCGGGAGAAAUGCGCCAUGUGGCUUGACCUAAACAGAGAAGAGGCUGUGGAGAAGUACAAUGAAGAAGAGUCGUCAGUUGAAGACGAAGACCAACAAGUCACAAGUAGUAAUAACGUGAGACAGUAUGUUCGGUCCAACAUGCCUCGUCUUCGUUGGACACCUGAUCUUCAUCUUUCCUUCGUCCGGGCAGUCCAACGACUUGGCGGUCCACACAGGGCAACACCUAAAAUGGUUCUUCAGAUGAUGAAUCUAAAAGGAUUGAGCAUUGCACAUGUCAAGAGUCACUUGCAGAUGUAUCGGAGUAAGAAGCUCGAGGCAACGUCUCUACAUGAGGUUGGAGCGAUGAUGGGAGCACAAAGAAACUAUUUGUUAGACAUGAUUGAUAUCCCUUAUGGUGGUUUAAGACAUGCGUGUUAUCCUAAAACAGUUCCUUCAAGGGUACACAACCAAGGCACGGUCUUCACAAAUCUUGGAGCUAACUUUGUAAUGCGACCUUCAAGCUGGUGUAACAGGUUAAGUGGAAAUGAGUUGCAUGGUGUCCGUGGUGGACUUAACAACAGAGACAGCUUGGAGAGCAAGACUCUGCCUCUGCUUGAGAUUAGGAGGACGACCCCAGAGAAAAGAGUCCGAGAAGAAGCGGCAAGAGAAGUAUCAUCUCUCAAACGAUCAAAACCAAUGCCUGGAGAUGGGAUCAACACGAUGCUCUCGCUGUCUCUGUUCUCGACAUCAUCAGGAGAGUCACCGUAGUCAUGGCAUCUGACAUAGUA